GACGCGCCGAGUGGUGUCGUACACGAGGACACAUUCAAAACAAUUUACGCCCGAUUCUUCCCCAAAGGCGCUGACACUAACCAAUACGCUCACUAUGUGUUUAAUACAUUCGACCCUGAUAAAACCGGAUCCAUCACCUUCACUGACUUUGUGAUAGGACUGUCAGUAUUGGCCAGGGGUUCAAUUCAGGACAAACUUCGCUGGACUUUCAGUCUCUAUGAUAUCAAUAACGACGGAAUGAUCACUAAA